UUGUUCGUGUACACCUCAGUCACGUUUGCGAUCUGCUCGUGAUCGGAACGAUCGAUUUCAUUGAACAAAAGUAUAGUUCAGCAAGAGAUCGUUAUUGUUUCUUUUUCCGCGCGACACAGUGCAUAUAUUAUCUCCGACUCAAACUUAGACCCUUCGUCGAAGUAUGAACAAUUAGUCUCGUUAAGUUUUAUCGUUGAAUUUACAGAUUAACUCGUAAACAUUUCCAAUGGGUAGCCCACAUUCAAAGGAUAUACGUAACGGACAACGUUCUUACAAGGUGAUCCAAGGCAGUAGUCAGUUAGUCUGCAACAGCAAACCUUCGACCAUGUCAAGUCUCGAGAGGGAUCAGCUUGGCACUAGAGGAAACGGGGAUGCCCUGUGUGCCGGUAUGAUUCGCGGCAUGGAUCAUCUGAAGAAUCCACAAUUAAACAAGGGAAUGGCAUUUACCCUUCAAGAAAGGCAAACUUUGGGGAUACAUGGUCUUUUACCAGCAGCUGUGAAAACUCAAGAUGAACAGUUAGAAUUAUGCCGCCUAAAUCUAGAUCGUUACGAAGAUGAUCUUUCGAAAUAUAUCUACUUGAUAGGUCUACUUGACAGAAAUGAAAAACUCUUUUAUCGUUUGCUGGGGGAUGAUGUUGCUAAAAUGAUGCCUCUGGUCUACACACCCACAGUGGGUCUGGCCUGUCAAAAAUUCGGUCUAAUAUACCGUAGACCACGCGGUUUAUUUAUAAGCAUACACGACAAGGGACACGUGUACGAUGUUUUGAAAAAUUGGCCUGAGCAUGAUGUGCGUGCGAUUGUUGUCACGGAUGGAGAAAGAAUACUUGGUCUGGGUGAUUUAGGGGCAUAUGGAAUGGGAAUACCCGUUGGAAAAUUAUCUUUAUACACAGCAUUAGCUGGUAUCAAGCCUAACCAAUGUCUUCCUAUUACUUUGGAUGUUGGAACAAAUACCCAGGCAUUGUUAGACGAUCCUCUCUACAUUGGUCACAGACACAAACGUGUUACUGGUAAUGAAUAUGAUGAAUUUUUGGACGAAUUUAUGACUGCUGUAGUCAAACGAUAUGGCCAGAACACUUUAAUUCAAUUUGAAGAUUUUGGCAAUUCCAAUGCAUUCAGAUUACUUAAUAAAUACCGUGAUGGUUACUGUACCUUUAAUGAUGAUAUCCAAGGAACUGCUGCUGUUGCAGUAGCUGGACUGUUAGCAUCUCUCCGCGUCACAAAUACAAAACUUUCAGAAAACACAAUUGUUUUCCAAGGUGCUGGAGAGGCUUCAUUAGGUAUUGCGUGGCUGUGUGUUAUGGCGAUGAGAAAAGAAGGAGUCAGUGAAGAAGAAGCUAAAAACAAGAUCUGGAUGGUCGAUUCAAAAGGACUGAUCGUGAAGAAUCGUCCAAGUGGUGGACUAACUGAGCAUAAAUUGCAUUUCGCACGGAAUGACGAACCAAUAAACACAUUGUUGGAUGUGGUGAAGACAGCAAAACCUACAGUUCUCAUCGGAGCUGCUGCUGUGGGUGGGGCAUUCACAACUGAGAUAUUGGAAGAAAUGGGAAGAAACAAUGACAAACCAGUCAUUUUUGCUCUUAGUAAUCCAACCAGCAAAGCGGAAUGUACUGCUGAAGAAGCAUAUAAUGCUACAAAGGGAAAAUGUAUAUUUGCGAGUGGAUCACCUUUCCCGCCAGUAACUUACAACAACAAGACGUUCUAUCCUGGUCAAGGAAAUAACAGUUAUAUUUUCCCUGGAGUUGCAUUGGGAGUUAUUUGUGUUGGCAUGCGUACAAUUCCGGAAGAAGUAUUCCUUGUGUCUGCUAAAACAUUGGCUGAAAUAGUAUCGGAAGAUGACUUGGAGUCUGGAAACUUGUAUCCGCCAUUACAAGACAUUCAAAAGUGUUCAUUGACGAUAGCCUGUGAGGUUAUGAAAUACGCUUAUGAAAAUAAUCUUGCUUCGGUUUAUCCAGAGCCUAAAGACUACAAAGCAUUCAUCAAAGCCCAAUUAUAUGACACAAAUUACAAACCAUCAGUACCUCCAGUAUAUAACUGGCCUAAAUUAUAAAUCUUGACUGUUAACUAUUACCUGCGGUAAAAUUGAAAUAUGUUGAAUACUCACAUGUGCGAGGCAUGUGUUUCAAAACAUUUUUUAUUUUUAUUUGGCAUUAUAUUGUAAGAACCUGUUGAGCAGGCUCGCAUAUAGCUAAUUAUGAGUUCCGUGCGGAUGUGUAUGAGCAUGUAUGUUGUGUGUACGUAUAAAAGCAUCUGUUUCAGUUUGUAUGAAUCAUUGACCACAUUAAAUUAUUAUUAUUGGGAUGAAGCUUAAUUUACUGGUUAAAAUAAAGCAGUUCAUAUAAUUAUUUGAAA